AUUGUAAGACAUUCGUAGUGAAUUGUAUUUCGUUCAAAGUUUCAUUUUACAUCAAGAUAACAGGUUUGUUAAUAGCUGUUAGCUGAAACAGAAAUCUAUUAUGUCGGUACUACGAGUUUUUAGUCGUAAAAUGGCCACUGCUGCUAAAAUUAAUAACGUUGUUAUCAUUGGAGGUGGUCUCAUGGGUUCCGGUAUCGCGCAGGUAGCAGCAGCAACAGGUCAUAAUGUAACUUUGGUGGAAGUUAAUGAUCAAUUGGUAGAUAAAGCUAUAGGAGGAAUAAAGAAAAGCCUCGAACGGGUUGCCAAAAAACAGUUCAAGGAUGAUACCGCAAAAGGUCAAGAAUAUAUACAAGGAACGCUAGAGAAACUCAAAGGAUCAGCUAAAUUGGAAGAAUCUGUGGCCAAUAGCGAUCUUGUAAUCGAAGCUAUUAUUGAAAAAAUGCCUAUUAAACACGAACUGUUCAGUAAAAUUGAUGCAGUUGCCCCAAAGGGUACUGUUUUCGCCAGUAACACAUCCUCUCUUUCAAUUGGUGAGAUUGGUUCUAUAACAAAACGACAGGACCGUUUUGGUGGGUUACAUUUUUUUAACCCGGUACCAAUGAUGAAACUACUCGAAGUAAUUCGUACUGAGAAAACCUCCGAAGAAACUUAUCAACAACUCAUGGAGUUUGGAAAGCGUUUGGGAAAAACGUGCAUCACUUGCAAAGACACGCCUGGAUUCGUUGUCAACCGGUUAUUAGUACCAUAUAUGGCUGAAGCGGUUCGUUUACUCGAGCGUGGAGAUGCCAGCGCACGGGAUAUCGAUAUUGCAAUGAAACUUGGUGCUGGAUAUCCGAUGGGACCAUUCGAAUUGAGCGAUUAUGUUGGGUUAGAUACAACCAAUAAUAUUUUGCAAGGCUGGCAUGAAAAAUAUCCUGAUAAUCCAUUGUUCAAACCUGUAAAAUUAGUGGAAAAGCUGGUGUCAGAAGGAAAGUUAGGUGUUAAAAGUGGCGAAGGAUUUUAUUCUUAUAAAAAAUAGAUUUGAACAUUUAUUCAACAUUGUUCCAUUAAUAAAAUUCUUUUUUAAUUAUAA